AAUAACACUAUUUUGCAAAAUAUAUUAUAAAAUUGUCUGAUUUUUUGGAAGCCAUAGCUCUCUGCCUCUGUACUCUCCACGACUGAGCUCUCCGCCUAUCGAUUCCUCUUCCCUCUGCCUCUCCACGUCUCUGCUCUCCGCCUAUCUAAUCUCCGCUUCCCCGUUACGAUUUGGCUCUCUUGUGGCGCUGUUGUCAUUUAUGCUAUUGUUGUUGAUGGUGGCUUACAACUGGUGGCAGCGGAAUGGAUUGUAAUGGCUUAGAGAUUUUUGGUUGAGAUUUAUUUUUAGAGCUUCUAAAUGUAGCCAUUAAUGGGGAACAGUCACCGCAAACACCAUAACAACACGCACAAUCAGGGAGCUUUGCCUUUUAAAUACGGUCCUUCACCACCACCACAAGUCCCAACCAGCUCAACCACUCCUUACCCUUCUCACAUGGACACCUUCCCCUUCCCCUACGCUCAUGUUGACUCAAACUUGCGAGCCCUAGCCUCUCAAGCUGAAGGUUUUGGCCGCUUCGCCAUUGGUGGCCUCCAUGGUUCCCUCUACCAUGUCACCACUUUAGCAGAUGAUGGUCCUGGAUCACUUAGAGAUGGAUGUCGUAAGAAAGAGCCACUUUGGAUUGUGUUUGAAGUGUCUGGGACAAUUCAUCUUUCAUCCUACUUGAGCGUUUCUUCGUUUAAGACAAUCGAUGGCCGAGGCCAGAGAAUAAAACUUACUGGGAAAGGUUUGAGGUUGAAGGAAUGUGAACAUGUGAUUGUUUGCAAUUUGGAGUUUGAAGGUGGUAGAGGGCCUGAUGUUGAUGGCAUUCAGAUAAAACCCAAAUCACAACAUAUUUGGAUCGAUAGAUGCAGCCUUCGGGAUUAUGAUGAUGGACUUAUAGAUAUAACACGAGAGAGCACUGAUAUAACCAUCUCAAGGUGUCAUUUUGCACAGCAUGACAAGACGAUGCUGAUUGGAGCAGAUCCCUCUCAUGUUGGCGACAGGUGCAUUCGUGUGACGAUUCACCAUUGUUUCUUUGAUGGGACACGACAGCGGCAUCCACGUGUUAGAUUUGGAAAAGUUCAUAUUUACAAUAACUACACCAGAAACUGGGGCAUAUAUGCUGUUUGCGCCAGUGUAGAAUCCCAGAUAUACUCUGAAUGCAAUAUAUAUGAAGCAGGGCAGAAGAAAGUAGCUUUCAAGUAUCUCACAGAGAAGGCAACUGACAAGGAAGUAGCAAUAAGUGGCUGCAUAAGAUCCCAUGGGGACUUAUUCGUCUAUGGAACUCAGGCAGGGCUGGUGGCCGAGACUGAGAGCGGUGGAACUGGCAUGUUUCAUCCUAGUGAAUACUACCCCACAUGGACUGUGGCACCACCCACAGAUGCUCUCAAACACCAUGUCCAACACUGCACUGGAUGGCAGAGUGUUCCCCGGCCAGCUGAUCAUCUAAACUAGCCACACGCACACUAAUCUAAUUAUCUAUAUAUAUAUAUAUAUAUAUUUAUAUAAAUAGAAACUUAUUAUUUCUUAUAUGGUAUUUUGGUGUUUGUAAGUAAAACUUGUCACUUUUAUAAUUAUAACUCUGUACGAAUGGUUUUGCUAUCAAUAAGACAUAAAUGAGAUCUUUCUCACUUAAUAUUAUUAAUUA